GAACCAGAACCAGAACCAGACACUUUCUCCUGCUUCUUCCCUCAGUCAGUGAAAAUGAUCCGGUUUGACGGUUUGUUGAAGGCGGCGCUGGUCACCGUCGUUUUGGUGGUCGCUUCUGGACACGCAGAUGAGAAGUUGGCCACUUGCUGUGAAAAAGUGAACAGAAAUGAGAUCACAGAGCCGGUCCUGGGAUUCCUGUUCCAGAAAGCCAAUUAUCCCUGCGUCCAGGCGAUCAUCUUUCAGACAGAAAGCGGUUUGUACUGCAGCCAGCUCUCGGCUCCCUGGGUUAAAAGAAAGAUCAGCAAAUUCAGGGCAGCGAAGGCUCAGGCAAAGGCUGCGGACAGUUCCUCUCCAUCAACGCCAUCAACGCCAUCAACGCCAUCAACGCCAUCUACCGUCUCCCUCCUUUCCAUCAUAACAUCCACCGCCGCUGCUCCGCCUCCUUCCACUCUUCCUCCCUCCACUCUUCCUCCCUCCACUCUUCCUCCCUCCACCCUUCCUCCUUCCUCUUUCUCUUCUUUCUUCAGCUCCGCCUCCGGGUUUUCAUCCGGCGAUUCGUUUUCUGGUGAGGAGGAAGAGAGCUCCGCGACCUUCAUGACCUCUGCCUCCGGCGAAAACAACUGAACAUGUUUGAUCAAUACCGGAGCAAACAGCUUAUUUAUAUUGAAUUAAUUUAGGAUUUUUAGUUUCUUUCAUUAGUUAAAUUAUUUAUUUGGUAAAGCUAAAUUUGCUGCUCUGACACAGUUAAGGUUAAUAUUUAUUACCUUGUGUAUUUAUAAACAUUUGGAGUAACUUAUGAAGCAGUUCGGACAUGUUGAAUGUUUACUCAUUUAGUUAUUUGUGGAAAUGUUUAGAAUUUAAGAAACUUUAAUGCUUGAACUUUGUACUCUGAAGGAAACAUCUGGGAAAAUAAGAACUUUAUGCAUUAAUAAAUAUGAU